AUGGCCGACACCGUCACGAAGCUCAGCCCCGGCUCCGACCCGCGCGUCUCCUACGAGACAGCGGUGCUCAACGGCCGCACAUACCGCUACAUUCUUGGUGUUCCCAAGGAUGGUCAAUUCAAGGCCACCAUCGUCCUCGUCCACGGAUGGCCUGAUCUGGCAUUUGGAUGGCGCUACCAGAUUCCCGCCCUCAUUGAGAUGGGCUUCCGUGUCGUGGCGCCUGAUAUGAUGGGCUACGGCGGCACCGAUGCGCCGAGAGUGCCGCCGGAGUCGAUCUCGCUGUACGGCUUCAAACGCGCCGCCGACGACAUCGAGGAGCUCGCUCGCCAGCUCGGCGCACCGAAGAUCGUGCUGGGCGGCCACGACUGGGGUGGAGCUGUCGUCUACCGUGUCGCCCUCUGGAAGCCCGACCUCAUCUCGCACGUCUUCGCCAUCAGCACGCCUUACGCGCCCCCCUCGAAGGAGUACUUCUCCGUCGAGCAGCUGGUUGCUGGCCCGCUUCCGCAGUUCAAGUACCAGCUAAACUUGGCCAGCGGUAAGCCCGAGGAGGGCGUCAAGACGAAGGAGGACUUCAAGAAGCUGCUCGUUUUCAUCACGGGCGGCAAGGGCCCCAACGACGAGCUCCUGUUUAACCCCUAUGAUGGCAUCAUUCUGGAGAAUCUGGGCAAGGUCCCGAGAGGCCCGUGGAUGACUGAGGAAGAGCUCGACUACUACGCCGAGCAGUACGCCCGCAACGGCUUGCACGGCCCUUGCAACUGGUACCGCACCCGCAAGGUCAACUAUGAGGAGGAACUCAACCUCCCCGGCGACGGCACCAUCAAGCAGCCUAUUCUCUACAUCGCCACCAAUAAGGACACCGUCCUGAAGCCCGAGAUGUCGGCUGGCAUGGAGAAACUCAUCCCCAACCUUAGCAGAGCCGCCAUCGACACGCACCACUUCGGCCAAUGGGAGAAGCCCGCCGAGCUGAACGACAUCAUCAAACAGUGGGUUGAUGCCGUUGUAUUCGGUGGAAAGAGCGUUCUCUAA